CUUUUAUUGUAUGUUUACAUAAACAUUGAGUUAUAUUAGUACCAGACACAAUGUUGUGAUGCUUUCUUUUCCAGUUCAUGGUUGUAAAUCAGUCACUAGUCUCUAUUAGCAAGCCACUGAAAAUACCUCUAAAAUAUGCACAGUAAAAUCACCAGAGGUAUUGCACUAUUUAAAACAAUAAAACUGACUUAAAAUACACAAAGCAGGUCCUCUUUUUCUCUUUACCUCUACUCCCAAAGACCUAACUAGUGGUCUCCUGAUCACAAGUCAUAAUAAUCGCCUUGAUAAUAGCUGACAGUUGCUUAUGUUGCAGCUCAGGGCUUGUUGCAGGUAGAGGAAUGUGUUGACCAGUGCUUGUUAGAUAUAGUUCAGACAGAUUGCUUUUUUUUUUUUUUUUUGCUUAUUUGAGGAGCAGAGGUAUGAGUAGCUCACAUCUCUACUCCUAAAAUAAGCAGUUAAAAAAAAUUAUUUAAUAUACACCCACCAGCCACUCAAACACCUCUUAUAUUAGAAAGAGUUUGUAGUCUAUAGUCAGUAGGUUGUUGUGGAGAUUGUGUUCACACACCUAAGUGGUCAGUUUCUGAUCAAAGGAGUGACGUUGAUGGGAUAUUUUUGGGUGGUGGACCACUCUCAACUGACACGUGUGAAAAUGCAGCAACACUGCUGUGUGACAAACUUGUACCAGCUCAACAUCUACAGUCAUGCCACUACCAUGUCAUCUAGGCAGCUGACAAAUUCUACAUACCAAGAGUUGGGCUACACUCUGUUCUUGUACACUUACAAGGCCAUGCGUACCCAAUAAAGAGGGCCGUAAAUGUAGGUACAGGGAGUUUUUCAUAAAGAUGGUUAGCUUUCAUCACCUUAAAAAUAAGAUGAAAAUUAUCACAGAGAAAUGUAGCUGAUGGCUGUAUAUCAGUAGGUAUGUUUAGCAGGUUAGAAUAAAACAAAAUUAGGCAAAUGAAAUCCUUUUUAAUCGCAUAAAAAUAACAUUUCCAAAAGUACGGAGAAAAAAACAACUGAACUUCUAAAUGACCUCGUUAAUUUAGGUUCUGAAUAUUCGUAUAUAUGUUUAAAAUCAUAAUCAGUGAUUACGAGUGUAAAUCAGCCCAUGUAUGAUGUGUAUUUGUAAACGUGAGCCCACGGUGGGUACAUGCGGACGUCUGUAAUGUUACAUAACACGCAAUGUCGGACACGGUCAGAUUUAGGCCUACAGUAAUGUGUCCACGUACACCAGUUCAUCACGGCCAAGACGCCAAGUGGGACCAGUGUGUUUAACAUUACCAGUACACGAAUCACGUAAAAAAACAAUGUAAUCCUUGAACAAAAAUGACAAGUUUACAGUGUAAUAUUCGAAAGCUGCAAUAUGGGGGGGGGGGGACCGACACGUUGCUACAUAACAAGGGUAAGAACUGGCUGUAGCUGCUACAAAACUUCCCACCCGUCCAUAACAAUAGUUUAUAUCCCCAUUUCCCAAGCGUUAAGGCACGCAGCCGCGUCGCUUCCACUCCGCAUUCCCGUCCGUAGACGGUGCAGCUCCAGCCCACCGCUCCCAUAAGCGCCCGGAUGCGAAGAAGGCAGCAGCGGGCAGGACAACAUGGUCGCUUGACUGAGGGCUAUGGUAGAGGAGCCUGCUGGAAUCUCGCCGCCUCGGACGACGCCAGCUUCCCCGUCGAAGUUUCCUGGCAGCCGGGCUUCCCUUUUCGGACUCAUUUCCCACACGUGUAAGUAAGCCGCGCUUUGUGGACUUCGCUGGUGUUUAAAUAGCCAAGACCAGCUCGCCAAACAUGUCGUUGUGUCCAGCCGUGUGAGAGGUAGCCGAGGCUUGUUUCAACGUGACAGCGUUUCGUUCAGAUACCGUAGUUACUUUAACGUGAUAUACAUCGUUAACAACGGAGCCCGUAAGAAGGGGAAAUGGUGAUUUCGUCGUGUCCGAGUAACCAGUGCGAUUUCCAAGCUGAAGACUUCUCGGUGGACAGGACACGCAGAGGGCCAAACAAUGGAAUGCUCUCUCCUGCCUGCCUCAGACAUGGCUUCAGAGACUGAGGUUAAACUUCUCAGUUAGCAACUUGCCCCCCCCCCCCCCCUCCACCUCCCCAGAACACACUCAGCCAGGGAAUCAAGAACGACAAGCAGCAGAGAAAGGGAAAGGGACCAGCUUGCUUCCUCAAACGCACAGCACCUCGCUUUUCUUCAAUUUGGACCUCUUGGGGUUAUUUCUUUUCUUUAUUUGAAUUUGCGUCUUUGAGAGCGGCCGACGCGAUGGAUCUGGGGCCGUACCUGUGGAUGGUCAUCAUUGGCUUCAUCAUCGCCUUCAUCCUGGCGUUCUCGGUGGGAGCCAAUGACGUCGCGAACUCGUUCGGCACGGCGGUGGGCUCGGGGGUGGUGACGUUGCGCCAGGCCUGCAUCCUGGCCUCCAUUUUUGAAACCCUGGGCUCCAUGCUCCUCGGGGCCAAAGUGGGCGAGACCAUCCGGAAGGGGAUUAUAGACGUCAACCUGUACAACGACACCGUGCCCGUGCUGAUGGCAGGAGAGGUCAGCGCAAUGGUUGGGUCGGCGGUUUGGCAGCUCAUAGCCUCCUUCCUGAAGCUGCCCAUUUCUGGAACCCAUUGCAUCGUGGGAUCUACGAUUGGCUUCUCCAUGGUAGCUAUCGGGACCAAGGGAGUGCAGUGGAUGCAGCUGGUCAAAAUUGUGUCGUCCUGGUUCAUCUCCCCCCUGCUCUCUGGGGUCAUGUCGGGCCUGCUCUUCUACGUCAUUAGGUAUUUCAUCCUUAAAAAGGAUGAUCCGGUUCCAAAUGGACUCCGUGCUCUGCCGCUCUUCUACGCUGCUACUAUUGGCAUCAACACCUUCUCCAUCAUGUAUACGGGCGCUCCUGUGCUGGGCCUGGAACUGCUCCCGGUGUGGGCCAUCGCCCUCAUCACGUUGGCCGGCUCCCUGGUUUGCGCCGCCCUUGUCUGGGUCUUCGUCUGCCCCUGGAUGAGAAGGAAAAUAACAAGUCAGCUGACGAAGGAGCAUGUCCUCUCGCGCAUCUCUGAUGAAAGUCUGGAUAAAAUCCCAGAGGAGGAGGAGGAGGCCCCGGUGUUCAAAGAGCUUCCAGGGGCAAAGGGCAGCGAUGAGGCCGAGCUGCCCCUGACCGGCGAGUCCACGGGCGAGCUGAACAGCCUGGCCAACGGAGGCACCGUCCUCCCCAACGGCCGUGUCUACGGCCGCACGCACUCCAUGACCAACGGCUGCCUGAAGUCGCCCCUGUCCAACGGCAGCUUCAGCUUCGACGGGCACGUGCGCAGCGACGGCCAGGUCUACCACACCGUGCACAAGGACUCAGGCCUGUACAAGGACCUGCUGCACAAGAUCCACGUGGGCCGCCUGGAGCAGGAGCGUUCGGGCCCUCGGGCCGAUCCUGGCGCGCGCCUCCUGCGCCGCAACAACAGCUACACGUGCUACACUGCGGCCAUCUGCGGCAUGGCUGUCCAGCCGUUGCCCCCGGUGCCGGCCCGGACGGAGCCCAGCACCGCGCCACCAGAGGACAGCGAGAAGCUAGUGGGCGACAGCGUGACGUUCUCCAAGAAGCGCCUGCGCUACGACAGCUACUCCAGCUACUGCAACGCGGUGGCCGAGGCCGAGAUCGAGGCCGAAGAGGGCGGCGUGGACGUGAGGCUGGGCGCGAUGGAGGCGGUGGCCGGCGGCCGGGAGCUGGCGCCCGACGACGAGGACGACAUGGCCGACGAAGACAAUGAGGAGAAGGACAAGCCGCAGGUCUUCUUGCUCUUCCACUUCCUGCAGAUCCUCACCGCCUGCUUCGGCUCCUUCGCGCACGGGGGCAAUGAUGUCAGUAACGCCAUCGGCCCCUUGGUGGCGCUGUGGAUGAUCUAUGAACAGGGUGGGGUGAUGCAGAACGCGGCCACCCCAGUCUGGCUGCUGUUCUAUGGUGGCGUGGGCAUCUGCGCGGGCCUGUGGGUGUGGGGUCGCCGCGUCAUCCAGACCAUGGGCAGGGACCUCACCCCCAUCACCCCCUCGAGUGGAUUCACUAUUGAGCUGGCUUCAGCGCUCACUGUGGUGCUGGCCUCCAAUAUCGGACUCCCGAUCAGUACCACACACUGCAAGGUGGGCUCCGUGGUGUCUGUGGGCUGGCUCCGUUCCCGGAAGGCUGUUGACUGGCGUCUCUUCCGGAACAUCUUCCUGGCCUGGUUCGUCACGGUGCCCGUAGCUGGCCUGUUCAGCGCCGUCGUCAUGGCGCUGUUCGUCUACGGCAUCCUGCCCUUCGUAUGAGCACAAGGGCGCGGGAUGGAGAGGGUGGGGGGUGAGUUGAGGUGAAGGGUCAAAGGGCGGUGGGUAAAGAAGCACAUCACAUGACAGAGAGGGGAAGAUGGCGUGGCUGGCUGGGGCUGGAGCUGGCGCUUGGAGGAGAGUGUACAAGAUGCCCAGGAAGUGUCCGGAAUCUUCUGACUUGUAUGUCCUGCGAGUAUUUAUUUUUCUUUUCCUUGUUUUCUCAGUUUUAGCUGUUUUAACGUUCCCACAAGCAGUAGGUCUCAUGUCGUGGUGUCGGAUGACGUGAAGCAGUGCGUAUCAUCAAGACACGUGGGGUGGGGUGGGGUGGGGUGGGGGGAGGAUGCUAUUAUAAAUCUGUGGUCAUGAAGGAAGAGUUUGCUCACAGUCAGGGCGUGGCCACACACACACACACACACACACACACACACACACACACACACAGAGGGAAAGCAUCUAUUCUUAGAUUAUGACACGCAAUACAAUAUAUGUGGAAAUAGAUGUCAUUAAGCAUCAUGGAGCACAGUGUAGACCAGUGUAACUUUGAAAACAAACGUUUCUGUGACCUGCUACUUCAAAUGACGCAUGGACCCAUUAAAAUUUUUAUAUGGUCUAAAAAAAAAAAAAAAAGCCACAUAAGCUCAAAUGCUAAAACUUAGAGUACAUUUUUUUUAAUGUGACAUAACAGGCCAUGCAAAUACCGGACUGCAGUAACUGCUGUAUCCGACACAACUACGACUCUAAAAUCAGCUAACUGUAAAUACCGUGCAGUUCAAGCUCAUCAUAGCUCAGCCAGCCAUUCAGAAGCUAGACGGUGUGCCAAAAUAUACAGAGAGUGGUGCAAAAGCUAUGAAUCCGACCUCUGAUCUUCAGUAUGGGGUCAAAUAAAAGCCCUUUCUGUUUAUCAGCUGUUUCCACACAAGCUUUUCUAAAGAAUAUAAUAGUAACAAGUAACAAGGAUAUUGCAUAUCAUUUUAUUUAUGCUAACAUUAUUGUAAAUAUUUUUCAUGUUGGAUUUUUAAUUUUUUUUCCCCCCUUGGAAUAGUAACUGCAGUUUGGGCCGCGUAGUGACCAUAAGUGCUGGCAGGACAGUCACAGGCUGUUGUACGCUGUAGGGUAAUACAGUUUGGAUAUUUUUAUCAUUUAACAUGAGCUGCAACAACAGUUUUAAUCAUCUGAAGGAUUUGGACCAGUUACUCAACUGUUUUGACAUUUAAUUUUCAACCUUUGUGGGCUUUUUUUCCCCCCUCUAAAAAUGUUUGGAUAUUUUUUAUUUAUUUUUAUUUUUUAUUUUUUUCAGCUUUACAAUGAUUUGUACAUGGGCCCAAACUCACAUGCACACCAAAUGUCUCUCUCCCUCUGCGAUGCAUGUCAUGUUUGUUAUUUUGUCUCUGGAAUGGAGAUGAGGUCUGAAUACUGUACUUGGUUUCAAACUGACAAACAUUAGGGAGGGGACUUGUCUGUUACAGCAAACCUGAAACAAUUUUGGAUGCAAGAUAUUUUAGACAACUGGUAAGUUGAAAAUUUACCUGAAUUGAGACCUAUUGGUGAAAACCCAGGCCCAGUAUAUCACCUCAAUCAUUUGCCUAAAACCUUUUUUUAACCAAAGAUUUAAAUAUUCCAUGUAAUAUUCCCAGUUAUGGUCAAGCGUUCAUUUUCUGGUCUUUUUUUGGUCUUUGGUCCCUGUUUAAAGUUGUCUUAGUUUUACAGGAAUAAACAGCGGUUUUAAUGGUUAUGAAAAAUACAACGUUCUGUACAAAUAUAAUGAAACAAAGCAUCCAUAUCCUGAUGCAUGUGAAAGCCAGUACAACCAAGAUACCAGAAUCAUUCUUUUAUGUGCGCUUACAGCCAAAACAGUACAUGGUGCAGUUCCAUUGAAACACAAACUCACACACACACAAAAACACACACACUUAACAACUUCACUAUACCAGCAUUUGCGCAUGCUGAAAGGCAGUGUUAGAAACCCUUUAUGAAUGAACCCAGCUACUGAUGCACAAAAAUAAGGAAUCUCCUAUAAAAUUCUAGUGCCAUGUUAUUUAAUCCCACGAUCUAUACCACCACACGAAGACCCCAGUACAGGCAGCAGGCGACAUCCCGAGGCCCUUCAUAAAUACAGGACUCUCCAGACACAGCUCUGUACAACCGCCGACUGUAACUGCUGUCGUCAUUGAUGCAGAUGGGCCACAUUAAAAGAAAGGCCAAUAAGCAAGGGGCCGGUCGUUUCUUGAGGCCGAGAGAGCCUUCUGUAGCUCCUCUGCUCCAGAGCCAGCCAGUACUGACAUGGCACGCGUAGUCAAGAGAGGUCAACAUAUUGAUCAAUGAUAGGUCAGUGUCAAAUACUACUGGUUGUCCUGUUUAGCUGCUGAGUUACACAUUUCAUGGUUUCCCUGUUUGGUUAACUGCCUGUGGCUAAUGAUGCGCAGACGGAGGUUUGAUAGACACCACAAUACUCUGCUUUUGUACAAACAGGUGGCUUUGAAGCGAUGCAAAGUCUUUUAUUAUUGUUAUUAUUUUUCCUUAGUGUUCCUUUCACCAAGAGCGCAUCUAUGCUUCAGUGGUCAUUUGCCUUUGUAAUAUUGUGCUUUACUGUUCAUUGGGUGAAGUAACUUGAUUACUGUGGUGUUUACAUUGUCACGAUUUAGAAAUGACUCCUUACAGUUGCCUAAAAUGUCAAAGCAAGACAAACUAACUACAAAUUGUGGGUGAAAUAACCAAGAAUAGCCUAAGGUGUCUCAUGUCAUUUCAUGUUUUAGUUGUAGUGGUGAGAAUUAUGAACAUGAGUUACUUUUACACCGCUACAUGUUAAAGAAAUGAUGAAGAAAACUGUACAUGGUGGGUGUGAUUUAAAAAAAAAAAAAAUCAAUAGAUAUAUAUAUAAAUUUCAUUCAAACUAUAUUUUUCUACAUAUCUGAGUUUUGCCUUGAGUGCUGACUAUUGUCAUUGAGAGUGAACUGGGCUGGAACAAGCCCUAGUAGAAAUUUGUGAUAUUGAGAAACAGAUCUACAGUAUGUACUGAUAUAAUAGUUUCUUAAUUAAUGCAAUAUGUAACAGUAUAAUUCAGGUAAGGGUUGAAUAUACUUAAAAUUCUCUUUUAGAGAUUCCAUGUAUCCAUUAAUUCUUUUAACCAGGGAAUUCUCUCCCUUGUUUGAGAGAGAGGGAUUAGUCGCUAAUUGUUUAAAUUCAGCGAUGUUCGUGAUUAUUUUUGGAACAUACGGCAAACGUGCUUUGUAAUUUUGUUUCCCUUUUUUGCAAUAGUGAGUUGUCAGACCUCCACGGCAGUAGCGGAUCCCUUGUUUAGCCAGAUGGAAACAGCGAAAGGAGAUUCCCAUGAAACCUGCCAGUGUUAUAACCGUGGCGCCAUCCGCUUUCUAGCCGUCGCUCUCUUUCUAUUGCUGAUGUAUUAAAGUGUGUCGUUACAGUGAGAUUUCAUACAGCCAGCGUCCCUUAGGGGACGCAGUAGCAUGUCUGGCCACAAGAGGGCAGCAUUUAACUAGUGCGGACAUUUCCCUCUUUGAGGACGAAAGUGCCAAUGGCUGCGCUUCAUAGGAAACCCGCAGAACUCUCCUUAAAACGCGUAUCUGUCACGCUUAUCAGCAAACCUAAAAUAAUUCCAGCCUAUGAAAACAGUGUCAGAUUGGGGACUGAACAGUGCGGAACGAAACCAUCCGGUUCAUUAUGUAGAUAAAACGAAAGGCCCCAUAUCGACCGCCUCCUCCUCUUAGUGGGUGUGCUGAUGAAGUCCCAUGUUUUGUGUGUCGUCAUCCAUAUCCAGGCGUAGAUGCAGUGUCGCUUCUUUGUUGGCCUGAUGUCCCUCCUGUUGUGUGAUGUCUGUGUUGCUGUCUGGUACUCUCUUAAGACAGGGCUGUACACCUAACAAUACUACCCUUAUCUGCAUAUGUGCUGUAUUACUUUUUAAUUUCAUUGGGAACUUUGUUUGUUUGUUUGUUUGUUUUUUUUGGUGAGUUGUCUGCAGUUUAACAAAUUAAAUUAUGGGAAUUAAAAUUACAAAGAGUAACA